AUGGACACGCCGAACUCUUACAUCAGCCAAAUACGGGGUCCUCUCUCGGACAAGUCUCCGCUGCUUCGUAGCUUUCAUCCUUCAACAUCACCUCCGCUGAUCAGAUCACCUGGCCAGAAUGUGUCCCACUCAAACCCUACUGACGUGCAAAAGCGCUUACACAGCAACGGACAAGAAUUUAUCAAAUAUAUUCAUUCUUCUUUUAUUCCUCGUCAUCAUCAUCGCCGUAUUCUUUCUUUUUUUCUCUUCCUUCUCCUCCUCAUCAUCAUCAUCGUCGUUGUUGUUCUUUUUUUUCUUCCUCAUCAUCUUCUACUUCUUGUUCAAUUUCUGCACAUCAUCCUUGUCGACGUCGUCGUCACCGUCCUUCUUUUUCUCCUCCUCCUCCUCCUCCUCCCUUACAUCAUCAUCAUUGUCAUUCUUCUCAUCAUCAUUAUCAUCAUAGGUGUAGUCUUCAUUACUAUUCCUCCUCCUCCUCCGCCUCAUCAUCAUCGUCGUCGUCGUUGUCCUUCUUCUUCUUCUUCUUCUUCUUCUUCUUCUUCUUCUUCUUCUUCUUCUUCUUCUUCUUCUCAUCAUCAUCAUCGUGCGGUGUCCCUCUAUUUCUCAUCAUUAUCGUCGUCGUUCUCCUUACCUCACCCUCCUCAUUCUCAUACUCCUCUUCCUUCUGUAUGCUUAUUACAUAUUUUAUCCAAGCUUUAA